CUAGGAAAAAGGAAUGUCGGGGGGCACAAGGUGACGACUGCAAUAUAUAUGGAGUGUCCGUAUUUCCUCAAACUUUUCGUGCAUGAGAUUCUUGGUGCAGUUGACCAAUUGAGGGACGACCUGAGACGGAUCAGCUCAAAUGCUCAGCACAUAAUGUGGGACAAGCGCAAAGAUCACACGACGUAUCUUCCUGUCUACAUCAUACCUGUGGACGCACUGCACUCGACAAAAGAUUUGACUCAUGCCGUGAGAAAGCUGAGUUGUCACCUUGCAGUAUUGGACUUGGCUCCGUUGAAGAAUCUCGACGCAUGGAACGACCAAAGGUUUCGCGAGCUCCGCCAAAUGAUGACGGUGUUGUGCGGGUCGCAUUGGGCGCUAAUCGUAUUCAGCGCAUUGAAAGUCGAGGAAACGGUGUUGAGGAACGUCUUCAGGUGGGACAGUGUGAGAAUUCUUCCAAGGCGCUGGCGUCGUUAUAGCGAAGCAGCAUCAUCCUGCACCCAAGUUGGGAACCUUCCGUUGAGAGGGCAUGACUCCAUGACCAUAGUCCUGCACGAUACAGAGAACGACUUCAAAAAGGUCACGGUCGCAAAGCCUCGAAGGAAGGGGAAGGUGUUAUUUGUACAAUGUACAAAAAAGGUAAUCGGCAUGCGGGGCGAUAGCAAACCUGUGUACGGGAUAUGGGAGAGAGAACCUGCAAAGAUGAAAGACUUGUGCACCUGGUUUUCGAAGGAAGGGGAAGGUGUCCUGUUACUGGGCAACGUGCAGGCAGGAACAACGUGGGACUUGCUUCGCUCAGGACACCAUGUCGUCGCAUGCGAUGGUUCCUCAAACCUGAUGGAGUACUCCACUUUGUUCAUCGAUCGUCACGUCAACAAUCCGGAUAAUAGGUGUCACUUUGAACGACCCAGACCUCAACAUCGUGCAGACCGAGACAUGUUUCUGAAGCUCGACAAGAAGAGGGACUCUCUGUGGAGCUAUCUGUUCUGCAAUGCACCCGCAACACCAACAGAUGCAGAUUAUCUCCACCGUAAGGUGAUAGCGAUCCAACAUCUGCAAGGAUAUCACAACGUCAAACGAGGUACAAUUGAGAUAUUUUUGGGGCGAUGUGAACACCUAUGGUUUGAAAGGAAGCGAGACAAACUUUAUGCCAAGGUUUACUGCGAGGUAAUGGAUGUUGGGGAGCAGUUUAACAUUAUGGACAAUGAGGAGGAGACGGAGGAUGAGGAGAUUGACCUGCCAUUGUCGGGCACGCAUCACAAUGCAGUGAUAGAGGAAACACCUUCGCUGUCCGCUUUGGGUGGUCAACAAGCGAUGGAGGAAGAUGUUGGCGGCAAUAUCGCAAGUACCAGGACCGAAAAUGUGAUGUGCGGAACAACACCGAACACAGCUGGUGCAAUGGAAGGCAGCACAUCCAAGUGCGGCAUGAAGGAAGCAACCCCAGGAUUCAUUUCGCUCGUGAGGAGAGUUUGCAAUGACAUAGAAGGAGCAACGGACGGCGAGACUCAAAAUGUUGCGCAUGCAGACAAGGAAUCAGAGGACGGCCCAUAUGGGAUGGACAUAGAGGAUGAUCACCUUUUUCACAUCCCGGACGACGCCCCCAAACAACUUGCACCUGGUGAUAGCAUAUCAUAUGACAUGAAGGAGAUGAAAGGAGGACCUCACUUUCUAGACAUAAAGUACAAAGAGUCACAUGAACACGAGUGGGGGCAUCACAUCGUAUGACAUCCAGGUCUUUUCGAGCCUUGUGUGAUUGAUGGCAGAUGGCACAUGGCUAUCCGAAUGGGUGGGAAAUGGGUAUUUAGGGAAAGAGUCCUCAGGAGCAGGUUUUAUGAAAUAGCGAAGGACAGCUUGUCUACCCCCGUGAAGCAGGCGAACAAAGAUGCGUCAGACCA